AACAAGGAGAGAGCUACCUGGAAUAGUAGGAGAAAAGAGACUAAAAUAUAGGGUCAUUAUAUUUGUUGGCUUUAAUAAUUCAAUGAGACAGACCAAAAAGGAGACAAAUGAGGUUCACUUAAUAUAAUUACGGAAAGUUCUCUCAUCCAAACACGAUGCAAAAGUUGGGUCGCUGAUUUGGAGUUUGGGAAAAAUAAUUCUGUUUUUAAAAAGUCUUUGAGGGGCGCCUGGGUGGCGCAGUCGGUUAAGCGUCCGACUUCAGGGGUCACGAUCUCGCGGUCCGUGAGUUCGAGCCCCACGUCAGGCUCUGGGCUGAUGGCUCAGAGCCUGGAGCCUGUUUCCGAUUCUGUGUCUCCCUCUCUCUCUGACCCUCCCCCGUUCAUUUUCUGUCUCUCUCUGUCCCAAAAAUAAACGUUGAAAAAAAAAAAUUAAAAAAAAUAAAAAAUAAAAAGUCUUUGAAUAGCUUUUAAUCAUGUAACCAUACUAGAACUUCUCUUUUUUAAUGUUUAGUUAUUUAUUUUAAGAGAGAGAGAGAGAGCGGGAAAGAGCAGCAGAGAGAGAAGGAGAGAGAAUCUUAAGCAGCACAGAGCCCAAUGGGGGGCUUGAUCCUGCGACUGUGAGAUCACGACCUGAGCUGAAAUCAGGAGUCAGAUGCUUAACUGACUGAGCCACCCAGGCACCCCACCAUACUAGAACCUCUAAAGCAUGAUUUGAGGUCCUGGUUGUUAGCCGUGCAUUUUCGUAGUAGUAUUUCCUUAAAUCAAAAGGAAGUUGUGGCUUUGAUAGGAUGCUUCCAGAGUUCCGGUUUUUAAUACCUUUGGUGAGUUCUAUUACUAUGUGUGUCUGUUCAAAAGUACGGAGGUGGAGGGAUAUGUGAAUUCUGUCUUGUCUUUUUACUUUGUCCCAUCAUUUGGUAUCUUGUGAAGUCAGACCAAAUAAAAUGCUUGUAGAUGUUAUCAUAUACCUCUUCAUAUUAUGUCAAAAAGAGAACAAGAGGGAAAUAUUGAAAUCUCUUUCUUAGAAUUUUUACUCAUUUUGUUCUAAAUCUUGUUCUCAUUUACUAAAUUUUGUCCUAGAGCGAGAAGGGCAGACAUUGAAAGUCAGAGCACUCCUCACAAAGGCUGCAGAUGGCCCAUAACUGCUCAUAAUUUGUAGCGGCUUUGUAAAUGAUCGACACAUGAAGCACCGGCUUUGUCCCCACCUUCCCCAUUUUUACCGAGCCCUUCUGCAACACCCAAACUAAACACUGCCCUUCUCAAGCAGGCAUGAAUAAAACUCCUUCAGGGAGAAGCCGUGUGAUGACUCAUGGUGGUGUGAAACAGACUUGUAACCCAGAGAAUGUGUAGCCUCAGUGUGGUGUCCCGGCUUCUUGAGCAAGAUUCCUUUGUGUCCCGGGCCAAGUGCCUUCUGCUGGGCUCCAGCAACCCCUCAUGAGCAAGGUUUUAAACAAACAGGGCUGGGAAGAAAUUGUCGAUUAGGAGCAAGAGCCAUCUUGGUCUUGAAAAUUACCAUUUCCUAGAGAUGUCGUUUAUCGACAGCUCUUCAAUGCAGAUUAGGUAUUUCUCAUAUGUAUUUUCAUUUUAUUUUUUUUUCUAUGCAGACGUACUUUUCUCUGGAUGCAUAAUUAUAUUUCCUAGCAAACUUUGCUCUGUACCCGUUAGGAGAUGUAACCUGCAUGCAAAUAUAGACACCUGCCGAGUCUGAAUGUGUGCGGGUAAAGCUUUACUUUGUGUGAUACGCUCUGCUGCAGGAGGAAACAGUGGCAUGACCAACACGAAUUAUGAUUUUUUAAGUUUGAUCGUAGGAUUUUUCUCAGCGUAUUUGUCUCUCUGAUUUUGUGUUCUUUAGGCACAUACUAAUCUUAGUUUUUAUUGCCUAAACACAAACCAGUUAAUAUCGGUAGAGAAUGUCCCAAAGGCAUGCUAGAUAUCCAAGGAUUACCAGUAUGGAAAAAAGAAUUUAUAAUGGACAAAUCAUCAAAUCAUCAAAUUGAUUGAAUAGGGAUCCCAUGAUACGAGGAAUCAAUCAGAUUCAACAGAAUACCUUUGGUUUGGGCCACAUCCCACCCUACACCUCCCUGCAGCUUUUCCUGAAAUCUGGCUGGGUACCUCUACUCUCCGGAAAGUUCUGCACUGACAUUGCCUUUCAGGGAAAGAGAAGCUGUCGGCCCUUCAUGACUGACGCUUAUGCUCCUUUGAGAGUGGAGACAGAGACUCCGGACCUGCUGGGCUGUGCGCGCUCAUCCCAAGGAAGCGACUUCCAGCAGGCCCGGUGGUUUCUCUUUCUUCCUCAGAAAGAAAAUACAAAGAGCCAGCUUUAGUCCUGAGUUGGAAAAAGAGGCUCUUACAGAACAUUUCAUUGACGGAGCAGUUUCCAUAGAGGCUUACGUAAUGAUGUUUCUCCCAAGUCACCAGAAAGGGAGCUCUCCUAUUUGGGAACCGCGGAGUAAAGAGACUUGAGGACAUGUCAGAGUGAAAGUAGAAUGCCACGUUCUCAGCCAGUUAGCCAACAAGCAUUUAUCAAGUGUUUAGCAUUUGUAAAAGCACCAUGAGGCUUACAGAGAGGCAGGUUAUAAACCCUGCCUACGUAGAGUUUGGUGCAGUUUGCCUAGGGAAGUGGUACCUGUCUUAGCAUAAGGAAUAAAAUUAUUAGUAUGCUAAGGAAAAAGGAUAAAAACACCUACUGGAGUUCACAUUUUCAAAAAAGCACAGUAGUGGCCUGUUACCCACAGGGGAUAUACUCCAACACCCCAGUGAAUGCCCAAGUCCAUGGAUAGCACUGAACCCUGUAUAUACUGGUUUUUCCUAUAUGUACAGAAUUAUGAUAAAGUUUCAUUUAUAAAUCAGGCACAGUAAGAAAUUAAUAACAGUAGCUAAUAACAAAGUAGAGUAAUUCUAAUAUGCUGUAAUAAAAGUUACGUGCCUGCGGUCUCUGUCUCUCAAAAUACCUCCGUGUCCCGUACUCACCCUUCCUGUGAUGACGUGAGAUGAUAAAACGUCUCUGUGAUGAGAUGCAGCGAGGCAAGUGACGUAGGUGCCAUGACGCGGCCUUUAGGCUACUGUUGACCUUCUGGCUUUACAUCGGAAGAAAGAUCAUCUGCUCCCAGAUGGACUGUGGGGAACUCGAACUGUGCAGAAAGCACACUUGCACCUAAGGGUGGUGCUGCUGUACUUCCGAUUGAGAAAGUUGCAAAAUGGCAGGAGCGAGGAGGGGUAGGACUGGAGUAGGUCUGUGUAGGUGCGGCUUGAAUUAUGACCUGUGGAGUAGAAAUGUGGGCUCUCGGAGAUGAAGGAACAGCACAGUCUGGCCGGGACAGUGUGCACCGGGGGGAAGACAGGAAAUGAAGCCAGAAGACAUGCUGGGACCAAACUGGGAGGGUCUUACCGCCAGAUUGUGGACGAUUUCAGAAGUGUGACCCAGCGGCGAUGACUCAGAGGGAAAAGACUGAAGGCAAAAAGAGUCGAGUCUGAGUCGGCAUGGCAGUGUGGGGAUGGGGUGCAGUCUUGGUAAGACUUGACAACCUAUAGACAGAGGAAGGAAGAGAAGACAAUGAUGCCCUUUACCAAGAAUCAGAAAUAAAAGAGGAGGGUUGGUUUGAGGUGGGGAAAUGGGAAGUUUUGAAACAGACAUCAUUUAUUUCUGCUGCAUGUAUCCAGCACCUGUGGGGUGGGGGUGGGGGUGGGGUUCCCAGGGCCAAGGAUACGGAUUUAAGAACUAUAUGCAAUAAAUGGAAAUUAUCACAGAAAGAAAAGAGGGCUGAGCAUGUAACCUCGGGAAAUGCAUACCUUAGGGUUAGAAGGAAUAACAAGAAGGGACAAAAGCCAAGAAGAAGGAGCAGGAGAACGUGAGGAACACCAGAUUAGUUCCCCCUUAGAGGAAUCAAGAGUCCUAGGAUAUUUUCGGGGCGUCCUGGGUGGCUCAGUGGGUUAAGCAUCCGACUUCGGCUCAGGUCAUGAUCUCCAGGUCUGUGAGUUCGAGCCCCGCGUCGGGCUCUGUGCUGACAGCUCAGAGCCCAGAGCCUGCUUCGGAUUCUGUGUCUCCCCCUCUCUCUGCCCCUCCCCACUUGCACUCUGUUUCUCUCUCUUUCAAAAAUAAUUAAUAAAACUUAAAAACUUAAAAAAGAGUCCUGGGAUAUUUUGGUUGCAAGAGACCAAUAGAUAAAAUAAAACUCGAAGUGAUUUAAGCAAAAAAAAAAAAAAAAAAAAAAAAAAAAAAAAAUAUUGUAUCAUGUAUGUAUUCAUUUUCUAUUGCUGCCUAAAAAAAAUAACAUAACUUAGUAGCUUAAAACCACACCCAUGUUAUUGUGGCUUCGGCAGAUACCAGCGCUUAGCUGGAUGCUCCACACAGGGUUUCAUAAAGCUGAAUUCAAGGUGUUGGUUGGACUGCAUUCUCAUGGGGGGCUCACCAUCCUUCUUCAAGCUCGCGUGAUUAUUGGCAGAGCUUAUUUCCUUGUGGUCAUAGGACUGAGGCCCCCUUUCUAGUGCUGGCUAUAGGCUGGGUGCCACUCUCAGCAUCUGGUGUCCAUCUCCAGAAACUUGCCAUGGGGUGCUGCCCCCUCUCCCCGUAUGUCCUCUCAUUUUGAAUCUCAUUCUUGGAAGAGCCUGUCCCCUGGAAGGGCUCACCUGAUUAGGUCAGGCCCACCAAGGAUAGUCUUUCUCUUUCAAGGUCGACUGAUCUGAGACCUUAAUGUUAGCUGCAGAAUGGCAGUACCUGGGUUAGUGCUUGAUCGAAUAACUGGGAGAAGGUGUGUGUCCACUAGGGCAGAGGGCCAUCUAGGCGGCCACAACAAAACGAAAAUGUCUGGGGGUAAAUCGAACUUUUGGCAUGGCUGGAUUGAAGGGACCUCAGUGUUGUCAGGACUCACACUUUGUGUCGUUCAGCCUUGUUCCCUAUCACAGAGCCUCGUUCUCAAAAGGGCUUUCCUCACAAGCUUUUGGGAGUACAUAUUUUCACAUUCUAGCCAGUCUGAGGAGAGGCCUCUGGUUGGCUCUGAUUGCCUAUUCCUAAAAUCAGCCAUUAUGGUGAGAGGGAUACGUGUUCUGAUCUUCCAGAAAUGGGUCAUAUGCCCCUCCGGCACCCAAGGCACGAGGUCACCCCGGUUCGGAUGACAAAAGAAUGGGGGAAUUGUUCCAGAAAGAUGCUGUUCAGGCAAAACUGCCAGUCUGCUCAGUAAAAGUAAAUGAAAACUCCAAGAACUAUGGAUGAGCUGUACCAAAUACUAGAAGAAAGUCUGUUAGGAAAAGGCCCCUGCUUUUAGGAGACAGGUUAAGCUGUACCUGGUGAAAUACUGACAUGAAUUUGUACCACACUUGAACAUGUUCAUCAGUGAACAGGAGAGAGACAACAGCUAUUGGGGAACAUAGGGGAGACUGUUGGAAAGUCUCCUGGGGAUAGCAGUGGCUGGGUAUGUCUAGGCCAAGAAGUUUCUGGUAGAGAGGGAAGAGACCGGUGGAGACAUGAAUGACACAAUUGGCCCUAACGGAACCUGGAGCCGGCGGGAAGACAGCGGGCUAACAGUCCAAGACUGAAGCAACAAAAAUGUUCCCCAGAUUAUGAGGUACGUGGGCCUUUUUGGUUUGGGGGCCGAUUGCCGUCUCUCUAGAAUAAAACAGGUUUGAUUCUUUCCAAUAUGGCCAUCUGACAGUGAUUAAAUGCACCCAAAAGAUUCUUCGCCUCUGUCUGCCCAUGUCAUUGACCAAAAGGCUUACCUUUAGAGCAGUGGUUCUCAAAGUGUGGUCCGUGGCCCAGCAGCACCAUCAUCACUUGGGAACUUGUUGAAAAUGCACAUUCUCUGGCCCCACUCUGGGUCUAAUGAAUCAGAAAUUGGGGGAGGGGGUGGGGGGCGGUCGCAGGCAUCUGCGACCUCCCGGUGUUUCUGAUGGUGGUUGAAGUUCGAGAGCCACUGCUUCAGACCAUCUAUGCCCCCACCCCCCUGCCUCCAUAAUCCACUGGGGUUUCCUUGAUGGUGGCUUUGGGAAGCUAUGAGAAGCAAGGCUAUAUAUGGCAACUGUUCAAAAGCCACUAAUGACUCAAAAUGUAAUGGAGUGGAAGAACAACAGAGAGAAGGUGAAGUUACAGCUUAAUUGUUCUGUAGUUCACGGAGGGCUUUCAUGUGGAUGGUAGGAUGAUCGCGUAGGCACUUGUGGGUCCGUGGAGGAUGGAGACCAGUGAGAAAGGCUUAAAUUAUAGCUAUGGAGUGGCGAUUCCUUUGGAGUAAGGGUUAAGUCGUAGAACAGGUUUUGGAUAUGGAUCAUUUCGUCUAAAUUCAGGCUCUCCUACUAGAUACUGUUAGGAGGCUGCAAAAGAAAGUCAACGUUUCUUUCAUCAAGGAGUUUAUAAACUUUUUAAGCCUUCAAGACUUACGUCAAGCCAGUGGAGUAUAGAAAGACAGUCUAAUGGAGUGCUGAAUUGAAAAGGACCUUGAGUCAAAAUAAUGCGGAAGAGACUGUAAGUGGUGUGGGCAGUCAGGGGAAGGAGACAUUGGCAAUGAGUCAUUUUCUUCUCUGGACAGACGAUGAAACUGUCAGCCUCGCAUAAUUUCCCAAGUCUGAUGGCGGAGUAUUGGACACUCAGUUUCAAGAAGGCCUCUUUCCUGCUGUCUCUCUUUUCUUUCCCAGUUUGCUAAAGUUUGUCAAAACUGCUAAGUCAAAGUGAGGAUUUCUAUUUCGAGACUUUGAACUUGAAGGAUUAUUAAAGUUGUUGGUUAUAUGAGAAACUUGUAGGAGGCAUUGCAUUUUGUCCUGGAUGCCUUAAAUGGGAUGAGACUUGAGUAGAAGUUUGGCCUAUUUGUUUCAAACACUUUCAAACUUACUUCAUUCAUGGGGAGAACAUGAAUGAACCUGUCUGAGGAUACCUUAGUUUUGCAGGAUGAAGAAAGCGAAUUAACUGAUUUUCCUUAGUGGGAGGAGUGAGUUGUACCAGACUGGAGUUGAUAGGGAACGAGAAAACACUUCAGAUGAACACAACAUUUCCGCUGCUUUUUACUGCUUUGCAUCGUGGAGCUUACCUGGGUAAAUAAACCGAGAACCAAAUGAAAAGCCUCACAGGACACUCUCGAAGGUGGGCAUAAAUGCUGUUUGAGUCCAAGAGAGAGCUAGUAGAAACCACUUGAUAGGGAAGCAGAAGCCAGCAAGUUUGGAACCUCAUCCAAGUCACUAGGAGAAUUUUUCCAGAAGUUUACACGGAACGUGAUCCGUUUUUAGCUGUUUCAGGGGGACGGCUUUCUUAACUCCAGCUGUGGCAUGCAGGUGUUGAGCUUCCUUUUAUUUCGCCGUGAUGACGGGGUGACGUGCGAUGCAUUAGGAAACCAGCCGUUCCUUUCCUGUCACAUCAAGUAUCCUACCUGCACUGAACUGUGCUCCUCCAGGAGAAAUUACUAGUGUUUGUUGUUCUGACGGCCUGGCGGUCGGAAAGAAGACACGGCUCUUAUUUCAAGGUACCGAGAGCAGUUCUCUUGCUCAUUUGUUGAUAAAGGAGACCCAGUUGAAAUGCCAGGAAAAAACAAAAAAAGAUAAAAUACCAGAAAUUAGUCGUGCAGCUCCAGUCGUGAUCACACGACCCAGAGGCUGUUUUCUAUACCUGGCAAACUUCUGCUCACCUCUGUUAGUGUUGUAAGAGAAGCCUUCCUAAGCCCCUCCUAAGUGAGGGACUCCCGUUAGGAUGGCAAAUCACAAUGUUUCUUUUUCCUUGAUGCCUUCUUUUCCAUGCCUAUCCGAUCCUCAGAUUUGACACAUAAACUAAAAGUGGAGUGCACUCAUUCUGUCACGUCUGUCCCUCUUGAGGCAGUGAGCUCCUUAAAGGCACGGUCCCGGUCUAUUUUGUUCACCAUUAUGAACGUAGAAGUCGGUAUUUCUCACUCCUCUGGAAGGAAGAAAGAACACGCCUGAGCCGGGAGCACUCCAGCGUCUUGUGGGAAGUCUCCAUGGUGAAGGAUAAGCCAGGGCUACCUGUGAACAGCGCACAGUGAAUGUUAUUCCAGAGCUGCUGCGGGCCGAUCGCACCCACGGGGAGAUGAUUCCUCAUGAAGAGCCUGGAUCCCCUACAGAAAUCAAAUGUGACUUUCCAUGUAUCAGACUAAAAGCAGAGCCAGCCAGACAGUGAAACAGUCACCGUGGAGGGGGACGGCGAAAAAUGAAAUCCAACCAAGAGCGGAGCAACGAAUGCCUGCCUCCCAAGAAGCGCGAGAUCCCCGCCACCAGCCGGCCUUCGGAGGAGAAGGCCGCCGCGGCGCCCAGCGACAACCACCGGGCGGAGGCCGUGGCAUGGCUCCCCGGCAACCCGGGGGGCCGCGGCCACGGGGGCGGCAGGCACGGCCCGGCGGGGGCCCCGGUGGAGCUGGGUUUACAGCAGGGAAUAGGUUUACACAAGGCGCUGUCCGCGGGGCUGGACUACUCCCCGCCCAGCGCGCCCAGGUCCGUGCCGGCGACCACCACGCUGCCCGCCGCGUACCCUCCCCCGCAGUCGGGGACGCCGGUGUCCCCCGUGCAGUACGCUCACCUGCCGCACACUUUCCAGUUCAUCGGGUCCUCCCAGUACAGCGGGCCCUACGCCGGGUUCAUCCCUUCGCAGCUGAUCUCCCCGACGGCCAGCCCCGUCACCAGUGCCGUGGCCUCGGCCGCGGGGGCCACCACUCCAUCCCAGCGCUCCCAGCUGGAAGCCUAUUCCACUCUGCUGGCCAACAUGGGCAGUCUGAGCCAAGCCUCGGGACACAAGGCUGAGCAGCAGCACCUGGGCAGGACGUCGGGGCUCGGCCCCCCGGGGUCCCCCCCUCCCACCCAGCAAAACCAGUACGUGCACAUCUCCAGCUCUCCGCAGAGCGCCGGGCGCACGGCGUCCCCUCCGGCCAUCCCCGUCCACCUGCACCCGCACCAGACGAUGAUCCCACACACGCUCACCCUGGGGCCCUCCCCCCAGGUCGUAGUGCAAUACACCGACUCCGGCGGCCACUUCGUCCCGCGGGAGGCCGCCAAGAAAGCCGACAGCGGCAGGCUGCAGGCCAUGCAGGCCAAGGAGCUCCUGAACGGCGAGAUGGAGAAGGGCCGCAGGUACGGGGCCCCGAGCUCCGCCGACCUGGGCCUGGUGAAGGCCGGGAAGUCGCUUCCUCACCCGUACGAGUCCAGGCACGUGGUGGUGCACCCGAGCGCCGCGGCGGACUACGGCGGUCGGGACUCCUCGGGGGUCCGGGCCUCUGUGAUGGUCCUGCCCACCAGCAGCGCGCCCGCCGCCGACCUGGAGGUGCAGCCGGUCACGCACCGGGAGGCCUCGCCCUCCACCCUCAACGACAAAAGCGGCCUGCAUCUAGGGAAGCCCGGGCACCGGUCCUACGCGUUGUCACCCCAACAGGCCCUGGGCCCCGAAGGCGUGAAGGCCGCCGCCGUCGCCACGCUGUCCCCCCACACGGUCAUCCAGACCACACACAGCGCCUCGGAGCCACUCCCGGUCGGACUGCCGGCCACCGCCUUCUACGCGGGGACCCAAGCGCCGGUCAUCGGCUACCUGAGCAGCCAGCAGCAGGCGAUCACGUACGCCGGCGGCCUGCCCCAGCACCUGGUGAUCCCCGGCACGCAGCCCCUGCUCAUCCCGGUCGGCGGCGCCGACGUGGAGGGCUCGGGAGCCGCCCCCGCCAUCGCCACGUCGUCGCCCCAGUUUGCGGCAGUGCCUCACACGUUCGUCACCACCGCCCUCCCCAAGAACGAGAACUUCAGCCCGGAGGCCCUGGCCACGCAGGCCGCCUACCCAGCCAUGGUGCAGGCCCAGAUCCACCUGCCCGUGGUGCAGUCUGUGGCGUCCCCCGCCGCUGCGCCCCCCACGCUGCCCCCCUACUUCAUGAAAGGCUCCAUCAUCCAGUUGGCCAACGGGGAGCUGAAGAAGGUGGAGGACUUGAAGACAGAAGACUUCAUCCAGAGCGCCGAGAUCAGCAGCGACCUGAAGAUCGACUCCAGCACCGUGGAGAGGAUCGAGGACAGCCACCACCCGGGCGUGGCGGUGAUACAGUUUGCCGUCGGGGAGCACCGCGCACAGGUCAGCGUGGAGGUUUUGGUAGAGUACCCUUUUUUUGUGUUUGGACAGGGAUGGUCAUCCUGCUGUCCAGAGAGAACCAGCCAGCUCUUUGAUCUGCCGUGUUCCAAACUCUCUGUUGGGGAUGUCUGCAUCUCACUGACCCUCAAGAACCUGAAGAACGGCUCUGUUAAAAAGGGCCCGCCCGUGGAUCCGGCCAGCGUCCUGCUGAAGCAUUCAAAGACGGACAGCCUGGCGGGCAGCAGACACAGGUACACGGAGCAGGAGAACGGCAUCAACCAGGGAAGCGCCCCGAUGCUGUCCGAGAACGGCGAACUCAAGUUUCCAGAAAAAAUAGCAUUGCCUGCAGCGUCCCUGCUCACCAAAAUCGAACCCAGCAAGCCCACGGCAACCAGGAAGAGGAGGUGGUCGGCGCCGGAGACCCGCAAACUGGAGAAGUCGGAAGACGAGCCACCUUUGACUCUUCCUAAACCUUCUCUAAUCCCUCAGGAGGUUAAGAUUUGCAUCGAAGGCCGGUCUAACGUAGGCAAGUAGAGGCAGCGUGGGGAAAGGAAAUUCGGCUCUCCCUUCUCAUUUGUAUCCAGAUUACUGUACUGUAGGCUAAAUAACACAGUAUUUACAUGUUACCCUCUUUAGGUUUCUGUUAUAACCUUGUCAUUAGAGUUACAGCUGGUGUUGCAGCAGGAGACCGGGGCACAUGCUUUUCCAGGAGUGACAGCGGCAGGUGGGGGGGGAGGGGGGAAGGGCAGGGCCCGCGCAGGCUCCGGGCGUCCUGGGAGAAAGGAACGUGGCUUCCGAGCACCUGCCUUUUCCAGCUGCAGGGAAGCCGCGGCCCGGGCGCUGACUUCCGCCGGUUUCCUGUGCAGGUUCUGCGGGCAGGGAGCUGCCUGGGAGGGGAGGAAGGGGGCGUGUGGGCGUGCACUUGGGGGGCGCGGGUGCAAGGCGGGGGUGGAGGGUGUCUCCUUCCCUCUGCCUCCCUCUCUCUGGCACGGGCCUGGAGGUCCAGCCAGCAGGGCAGGGGCCUGGCGAGGGCCUCACGUGCAAAGCAAACAUCAGGAACCCGGGUGCAGGGCCUGCUAGAGAGGCGUCCGACAGCAGACGGAAAGCCAACCGUGUAAAAGGACCUUUUUUUUUUUUUUCCCUCCAACAUAUUUUACAAUAAAAGCAACUUUUAAUCCUAUAGAGAUAUAUUUCCCCCUAUGGGGCCUGACUGCACUGAUAUUUUUUUAGAGCAACUGCCACACGUGGGAUUUCGUUUCUGCUUUACCAAGUGCAGUGAUGUCGCCCGGGUGUCACGGUGGGCAGCGCAGCUUGGCGCUCCGCGCGGCGGGGGGGGGGGGGGGCGGGGGCGGGGCAGGGGCGGGGCGCUGCGGGGGAGCGGACCGCCCACUCUGGAUUCUGUGCAGUGUUAGGAAAACCAAUCAGGUUAUCACAUUGACUUCGCUCAAACCGCCCUGCCGAGAGCCGCGGAAGCGCUCCUCAUUGGGUUUGCAAAAUCUGGUCUUUUAACUCUAGUACUGUUUAUAGUUCAUGACUAUGGACAACUCGGGUGCCACGGGUGCCACUUUUUUUCAGAUUCCAGUGUGACGUGAGGAAUUAGAUUUUGAAGAUGAGCAUAUAUAUAUUACUAUCUCUAAGCACUUAAAAUGCUGUUCACACUUUAUUACCAAGCAUCUUGGUCUAUCAUUCAACAAGUACUGUAUCUCCCUUUAAACUCUUUGGGAAGAAAAAACAAAACAAAACAAAACAAAAAAUAUAUAUAAGUUGCUUUCUUUUUUUUUUUUUUUUUUUUUUUUUCAACACUGUAACUACAUUUCAGGUCUGCAGAGUUUCUCACGAGCAAGAUAUUGGAAGUUUCAAUGUGGUUUAAAGGGAUGAAUGUGAAUUAUGAACUAGUAUGUGACAAUGAAUGACCCCCAAGUACAGCCUGACAGGAUGUACUUUUCACUUUGAUGUUUGAGAAAGAGAAGUAAAGGCAUAUAUGCAGAGCUGGCAGAGAAACUGAGAGAAAAGGGAUGGAAAAAAGAAUACUCAUUUUUGUCCAGUGUUUUUCUUUGUAAGAUGAACUUUUAAAAAACCUUGCGAUUUGCACAUCUUGAGUUUAUAAUUUGUGUGAUAUUCCUGCAGUUUUUAUCCAAUAACAUUGUGGGAAAGGUUUGAGGGACUGAACGAGCAUAAAUAAAUGUAGCAAAAUUACUUUCUAACCUGCCUAAACUCUAGGCCAUUUUAUAAGGUUAUGUUCCUUUCAGAAUUCAUUUUGGUCUUUCUACAUCUGUCACAAAAAAAAAAACAAAAAAAAACAAAAAAAAAAACAAAAAAAAAACAAAAAAACAAAAACAAAAAAAAAAAACAGGUCUUAGCAGGACAACUCUGAGAAUUUUCUUCAGACUCAUUGAGAGAGUUUUCCAUAAAGACAUUUAUAUAUGUGAGCAAGUUUUUUUAAAUUACUUUAUUGUUGUUAUUAAUGUUAUUUUCAGAAUGACUUUUUUUUUUUUUUUUCCAUCUGAAAUCAAAUCGAGAUUCAAUGUUUGGUACAAACCCAGAAAGGGUAUUUUACAGUUUAAGCCUUUCAUCCCCAGAGACCUGAAAUAUUGUUUGUGGGUUUUGGGCAUGUGUCUUAAAGUGCUUUAAAAAAAUUACAAUAACAAGGUUUUAUAAGUAACGAGAAAUUUUUAAAUAUUCUCACUUGGAGUGGCUGCAACUUAUCUGAACAAAUACUUCAUCAGAUUUUUCUUUUACUGCUGAAAGUAGUUCUUCUUCCAUUUUACAAAUUAAAAACAUAAUUUCUAAUAUCAACCCACAUUUUGGCUAUCUAGUAUCUCGUUACAUUUAGCUCUUACAAGAACUUCAUGAUAUUUAUAAACCAUUUUCUGGGGUGUACCAAAAACAUUUGCAUAGGUUUAGCAUAGCUAGAACUUUCUUUGGAUUUCAUUAUCCUCUCAGCAUGCUAGCAGAGAGCUGGGCGAGCCCAUUCUUGCGGUCAUACUGCUUGUUUAGAGCUGGUUUUUGUUUUUGUUUUUGUUUUUAAAGUUUCUGCUCAGAGACCUUGCUUAAUCUUCCAUAUAUUCUGCUCAGGGCACUUGCAAUUUUAGGUUUUGUUUUUCUUUUUGUUUUGUAACCUUUAAUGGUAAGAGGAAUAUGGGGCUGCCAUAUACACUUCGUCCUCCUCAAUACCACUAUUCACAGAAACUCACGCGGAAGCAGAAACACACAUCACCGCCUUUCGACUCAACUUCCAGUAUUGUGCUAACUGGAUCCUCAACACCAACACUAAAAAUGGGAAAACAUACACGGUUCGGAGCAAUAGGAACAUCAUCGUAAUUUUUGUGCUUCUAUUUCAGGUAUAGGAAUUCUUAAAUAAUUGGUUCUUUCUAAACAUCAUCCCAUUUCACGCUCUUGCUUUUUUAGUGUGUGCAACACUUCCCGUGCCAACAGGUCUGACCAGUGUGCUCUAGUUAAAACUCAUUCCCCAUCCGGCCCCAGAAGGGCUGGAGGGAAGGAACCGGGAAGGAGAGCAGCUCCCGCCGUGAGCUCCCCACCACGGAUGCUGAGUGCUGGGGAGGGGAGCUUUCAGGAUCCCCAUAUGUAUGUCACCCUGUUGCAGAAAGAGCCAAUACAGGAAGGCUGGGGGACCAGCUUGAGUCCCUCUGUCACCAUGAAGAAUAGUGAAUGUGCAGUGUGGGGAGGAAGCAGGUAGGUUCAUUUCUAAGGCACAACCAAGAUCCACCCAUUCUCCAAGGUGUUUUCCAGAGCAGGUGGGUCCCUCCUCGGGUCUGUGUCCUGGAGACUUGGAGCUGUGCCUCAGAGCACGGGUGGGAAGUGUGGCCCGAUGUGUGUGUAUGCGCUCUGAACAUGCAACCAGUGGCCAUGGAGGGGCCCCUUUGAACAAUGGCCACCACUCCUUAGUGGCAGCUUUCCCUUCAAAUAGGAAGCACAUCCCAAGGACAGGGAACCCCCUCUUGUUGGCAGACAUUGGCCAGCUCCUGUGUAGCAAACAUGACAAUGAGAAGCAUAGAAAUUCUUCAGUGCCGUGCAGCUCACAAGGAUCAGCCAUGUGCCUCUGUACUAUGUCCGCUUGGCAAUAUCUACUGACAGCCACCUUCAGUUCUUUCUUUCCUGUUUUCCAUUUCUAAACUAAUAACAGCAGGCCUUCUGCGUUUACAGUGGAACACAAUCACCAAGAAAUCAGUCAGGGCGAAAAGAAAAAAAAAAAAAAAAAAAAAAAAAGAAACCAACAAUCAAGAACCUCUCUUUCUAGGGAUUUCUAAAUACAUUAAAGGACUGUUCCUUAGAAUGUUUAACGUAAGAAUUAUUUCAGUUUGUUUGGGCCACAUUGCGGGGGUGGGGGGAGAUACAAAGAUGGAUGCCACUUACCUCAAACCUUUUAAAGUGGAAAUCCAAAUUGCAUUUUUGUUUGGACUUUCAGAAUCAUUUUCGAUGUCGGUCAAUUUUUUGUUUUGUUUUGUUUUGCCCAACUCAACCCAGUUAGGUGUGGGAGGAUUGGAUUUUUUUUUUUUCGUUGCUGUGGAUCCCAUUUCUAAGUCUGAAUUGUGACCCGCUAUGUUUUCUGUUAGGUGAGUGUGUUGGGUUUUCCCCCCACCAGGAAGUGGCAGCACCCCCUUUUCCCCUACAAGGAACUCUGCGGAACCUUUCUCACCUCUUACUCAGGGACGGGGCUGGUGUGUGUGUGGUACACUGACGUGUCCAGAAGCAGCACUUUGCUGUGGAGGAGGCUUGUACAAUUUCAAGGAAUGUUUGGAUUUCCUGCAUCUUGUGGAUUACUCCUUAGAUACUGCAUAGAUUGCAAUAUAAUGCUGCAUGUUCAAGAUGAACAGUAGCUCCUAGUAAUCAUACAAUUUACUCUUUGCACAUAGUUUGAUCUUUACUGAAAUGUGUUGCCAAAAUUUAUUUUUGUUGUUGUAGCUUUGGAAUUUUUUUUUUGUCUGUUUUUUAAGGAAACAAUUGACAAUACCCUUUAACAUCUGUGACUACUAAGGAAACCUAUUUCUUUCAUAGAGGAAAAAAAAAAUCUCAAAAUGCUUUUGAAGACACUAAUGCCAUGUAUUUCAGAUGUGGGAGAAACAGCAGAGUUCUUGGACAGGAGGCCAGGCUUUGUGAGCCGUGUUGGUUGUCAUGGCUACUGUUUCGUGAACCGCACGCAGCUCAACAAACUGGUCUGUUCUCUCCCAGAACCCUUUGCAUUUCUAUUUCCUAGUCACCCAUGAUGAUUCCAGGUGGAAGAAGGGCCCGCAGUCUCGUGGCCCAAUCCAGCGCCUUCAGCGGUGAUAUAAAAGGAAAGGAAAUUACGCUUUUUAUUUUUUAAAGUGGAGUGGGGGCCUUUGCUUCCACCUUUGUGUUUUUAACCCAGAUUUUCUGAAAUAGAGAAUUUAGGAACACAUCAAGUAAUAACUAUACAGAAAAUAUACUUUUUUAUAAAGCACAUGCCUAUGCUAUUGUGUUGGGUUGGUUUCCUCUCUUUUCCACGGACAGUGUUGUGUUUCUGUUGAUAGGGAAACUCCAAAGAAUUUGCACACCUCCACUCCGGAGCUGAGAUUUCUUUUACAUAGAUGACCUCGCUUCAAAUACGUUACCUUACGGAUAGGAUCUUUUCUUGUAGCACUAUACCUUGUGGGAAUUUUUUCUUUCUUUCUUUCUUUCUUUCUUUCUUUCUUUCUUUCUCUCUCUCUCUCUCUCUUUUUUUAAAUGUACACCUAAUUUGAGAAGCUGAAGAAGAAAAAUUUUGAAGCACUCACUUUGAGGAGUACAGGUAAUGUUUUCAAAAAUUGCACAAAAGAAAAAUGAAUGUCGAAAUGAUUCAUUCAGUGUUCGAAAGACAUGGGUCUGUUGAAACAAUGAGUUUCAUACCUUGUUUGUAAAAACGGAAAAAAAGCAUAAAGGUUGAAAGUUACAUGUUGGUUUUUUUUUUUUUUUUUUGUAUAUAGAAAUUUGUCAUGUCUAAAAUUAUCAGACUUGUGUGGUUAUGGCCUGGAAGAAUUACUAGGUAAAAGGCUCUUAAACUAUACCUACGCUUCCUUUAUGUUUUUGUUACAUAGAGCCCUCUGCGGAGGGAGGGCAACUCUGUAUUCUGAGAUUUGAGAAUACUGUUCAUUCCUGUGCUGAAAGUACUUCUCUGAGCUCCUUUCUUGGUUUAAACUCUCAAGCCAUUGCAACUCCUUUUUCUUCAGAGAUCUUGUUUCACAUUGUCAGCACUUCCUGUUUCAAUAAACCCAAAGAAUAUAAUCCUGAACAAGAAGUGUUUGUAACAAGGGAUCCUAGCUACCAGUAAAACAGAACUCAUUAUGAGGACAAAAAAAAAAAAAAGAAAAAAAAAAAAAAAAAAGAAAAGUUCAGCCUUCUUUCUCCGCCACCCCCCCCCCCGCACCUCAUUUAAAUGGGGGGUAUAAACAAGAAUUUCAAUUGCAAUGCUUCAUUUUACUUUAAUUUGGGGGGUUUUUUCUUUAAUCUUGAGGCCAAAAUACCCAGUAAAACACGGAACAACUUCUCCGAAGAGUCCUGUUCUGUCCCAGACACAAAGCAGCCAGCAGAAACUGGACAGCUGCGGGGACAUUGAACAAACCCACCUACAGUUCUUAAAUUCAGAAUCUCAGCCCCUCCCUUACCAUUCAAUGCAACGUUUCUGGUAGCUGACAUUCACCUGUACGAUGGCGGGAGGGAACAGUGGCUUCAGUUUUUCACGUCCUUCGUGACUUGAUACAAAUGGUUCAGCUGUAUUAAGAUUAAGUGCAUUUGGCCAAUAGGUAGAAUCGACACAGCAACAGUCUCUAAGAAUUUCCGUCACUUUCCUUACCCGAAAGGACUCGAGUCUUCCACUGCAGAUAAUCGAAGACUUCACCCAAGUUUUCUUCCCCUUUAGUUUCGUUUGUUUGCUGUCUGGAUGGCCAACGAGCCGGUCUCCUUUUCCAUGGCCAGUCUGAAGGCUUGCGUUGGAAGUGCUGCUUACGGCAUUCCUUGCCGGGCUAAUAUACCGUCCUCCGGGAAUAUCAAGUCUGACGUGACUGACGCUGGCUUAGAGCUGUGUCUUUACACGGCCGUUAUCAAGAAGCUGGGCGUGUACGUUUCCUCUGGUUCUUCCAGGAACCACUGCUCUUAUUAUCUGGUCCAGGAAUGGGGUCAACUGUUCAGUCCGUGAACAUUUAGUUUGACACCUAUACAUUCGGUCCCGCGAAUACUGCCCUUUUGGGGUGGUUUCUUCCGGCUCGGUGUUCACCUGUAAACCCAUUUAGGGUCAAGUGAAAGGAGGUCUCGGGAGAGCCCUGCCAGUAUUCGUGGUGGCCUUGGUUUAAGACAGUCCUAACUUCUGGCCAGUGGGGCCCUGGCCCCAGAGCCAUCUCUGAGAUUCGUACCACUGUCUGUUUUACUAUCAGAUCAUUACCCACCAAACUUCCAAUCGUAUGCCUCCCACCGGCCAAGGGAAAAGAGACACCAGAACUUUGGGGCAAUAUCAGACUGACACGGCCAGUACAGAGGAGAACUAGGGAAGGAAUGUUUUGCACCUUACUGAAAAGAAAACUUUUAAGUGCAUACAUAGUUAAGAGCUUUUAUUGUGACAGAACUUUUUUCCAUAUGCGUGCAUACUCUCUGUAAUUCCAGUGUAAAAUAUUGUACUUGCACUAGCUUUUUUAAAACAAAUAUUAAAAAAAAAAUGGAAGAAUUCAUAUUCUAUUUUCUAAUCGUGGUGUGUCUAUUUGUAGGAUACACUCGAGUCUGUUUAUUGAAUUUUAUGGUCCCUUUCUUUGAUGGUGCUUGCAGGUUUUCUAGGUAGAAAUUAUUUCAUUAUUAUAAGAAAACAAUGUUUGAUUCAAAAUUUGAACAAAAUUGUUUUAAACAAAUUGUCUGUAUACCAGUACAAGUUUAUUGUUUCAGUAUACUCGUACUAAUAAAAAUAACAGUGCCAAUUGCAAA